UGGGGUGACGGGUAUUUCUCUAUAAAUUAUGUAAAAGAGGCUGCAAUCUAGCAAGACAAUUCACUUUCGGUGCCACUGCGAAACUAUUCACACGAAUCGCACAGUCGUGAACAUCCCAAGGGGAUAAUCUUGCGACAAGGACCAGAACAUCCGCUGUGGGAGGAAACCCGUUCAAUAGUUACUAUCCGUUUGCUCGUCUGUCUACGGUCGAAACCUUUACAGAAAAUCCUUCAAAAUGUGUGAUGACGAAGCAUCAGCUCUUGUUGUAGACAAUGGCUCCGGCAUGUGCAAGGCCGGAUUUGCUGGUGACGAUGCUCCACGUGCUGUGUUUCCAUCAAUCGUAGGACGUCCUCGGCACCAAGGUGUUAUGGUUGGUAUGGGUCAGAAGGACGCUUAUGUUGGAGACGAGGCCCAAAGUAAAAGAGGUAUUCUCAGCUUGAAAUACCCCAUCGAGCAUGGCAUUAUCACCAACUGGGACGACAUGGAGAAGAUCUGGCAUCAUACGUUCUACAACGAAUUGCGAGUUGCUCCUGAAGAACAUCCAGUCCUAUUGACAGAAGCCCCAUUGAACCCAAAGGCAAAUCGCGAGAAAAUGACCCAGAUCAUGUUUGAAACCUUCAACUCACCUGCAAUGUAUGUUGCUAUUCAGGCUGUUUUGUCACUAUAUGCCUCCGGCCGUACAACUGGUAUUGUUCUCGAUUCAGGCGAUGGUGUUUCCCACACAGUACCUAUCUACGAAGGUUAUGCUUUGCCACAUGCUAUCCUACGCUUGGAUUUGGCUGGACGGGAUCUAACCGACUAUCUAAUGAAGAUCCUGACCGAAAGGGGUUACUCAUUCACCACUACCGCUGAACGAGAAAUUGUUCGCGACAUCAAAGAGAAGUUGUGCUACGUUGCCUUGGAUUUCGAACAGGAGAUGGCUACAGCAGCCGCCAGCACUUCUCUUGAAAAAUCCUAUGAACUCCCUGAUGGCCAGGUUAUCACUAUCGGCAACGAACGUUUCCGAUGCCCAGAAGCUCUGUUCCAACCAUCGUUCCUGGGCAUGGAAGCAUGCGGAAUCCACGAAACCGUGUACCAUUCAAUCAUGAAGUGCGAUGUUGAUAUAAGGAAGGACCUUUAUGCAAACAAUGUCUUGUCUGGAGGCACCACCAUGUAUCCUGGUAUUGCUGAUCGUAUGCAGAAGGAAAUCACUGCCUUGGCGCCUUCGACAAUUAAGAUCAAGAUCAUUGCACCCCCAGAAAGGAAGUACUCAGUAUGGAUCGGUGGAUCGAUUUUGGCUUCUUUGACUACUUUCCAACAAAUGUGGAUAUCGAAGCAGGAAUACGAUGAAUCCGGCCCGGGCAUCGUACAUCGUAAAUGUUUCUAGAAUUGUGGUCUGCAUUUCACAGAUAGAAUGUGAAUUUAAUUUAAAUUCAAAAGAUGUAUAUAUAAAAGGGCAAACCAAUUGGAAUAUAAUAAGUAGUUAGAUGGAAA